AUGCCGAAAGCACCCAAGCGGGGCAAGUCGUCGGAAAGGAGGCACCCAUCCGGCUCUUCUGUUGGCGCAUGGCAACGGCGGCGGCAUCCCGACGCGUUCACCUGCGAUGGUCAUCGUCGAGCUUUGCAGUCGUCGGUGCGGGCUGAGGAUGACCACGGCCGGCGCCCCGAUAAUGUCGAUGUACGACCUCGGAGACGUCGACCCAAGGGAAAUCAACCUCCCCAAGAGGCGAACAUAGUCAAGACGCCCCUCUCGGUCUACACGGGCAAAGGCACCUGGAAGUCGUACGAGCCAGAUUCCACGUCAUCCCCGUCGAUAGGGGCCACUACGACCAUCCCUCGGGCUUCGCUCCGUCUCGUCACUUACAACACCUGGUCAUCAUCACCCGACUACGCGAAAGUUCAAAGCCGAGCCCUGCUGAUGGUCUUGGAAUCGAGCCAAGCGGACGUGAUCUCCCUUCAAGAGGUGUCCCAUCCUCUUCAAACGCAGCUUCGGUCGACCGAGUGGGUCCGCAAACAUUACCUCCUAACGCGAUUGGAAGAUUUCUGGUCCGUCUCGAGGAAAGGAGGCAGUGUUCAGGUUCAGAAGCUACGUGGGGUGGGCAAAAAGGAAGGAACAAGAGAAGGCGUGCUUCUGCUCGUGAGAAAGGGACUGCUCGUGAGAAAGGGACUGCUCGAACGACGAGAGUGGGAGGCCCAGGUCGAGUACAUCCCAAUGCAACGCAAUCAGGACGAAAAGGACAAGGCCAUUAUCCUCCUCCGAAUGAUGGAUUCCGAGGGACGUGAACGGGUGAGCAUCGACGGGGUCGUCCAGGACUGACAGAAACUUCCAGCGCUUACCUGUGUGCAAUCUUGUUUUGUUCAGUGGCGCAUCGCAACGUCUCACUACUCUUCCCUACCCACCUGCGAUCAAAUUCGCCGACACCAGUACCGUCAAACCCUACGCCUACUUCAACAAAAACCCAGCACGCGCUCAUCAGCGAUCUUGGGCGAUUUCAACUCCAAUUCCGAAGUCGAAUUAGCCCCCUUCCUCGCUUCAAAAUGGGUCGACUCGCACCUCAUUGCAAGAUGUCUCUCCAAACCUCCUGAUUUCCGGGAGGAGCCGACUUUCGGUCACUUGUACCCUUUCGUUCCUGGGCAGAGGGAUCGCAAACCUCGUAAGCCGAGGAGAAUCGAUCGGAUUUAUCUUGGUGGGGAAGCGAAGGCUUUGGCGAUGAACGCAGACGGGAGACUGGGAACGGAUCCGGUCUUUGGUGACAACGGUUGUAAAUUGAAGGAUGUGAAUGGUGAUGAUGUGUAUCCGAGUGAUCAUGAGGGAGUUUGGGUGGAGCUCGAGCUCGGACGGUAA